AUUUUCUUAUCUUAGCAAUGACUGUUACUGAAGGUACAAUUGUUGUAAUUGUCUCAACUUUCUUUAUAUUAGGUGCCGUUAGUGAAGAUCUGCCAGUUUCUAAAGCAUGCCUGGGAUGUAUAUGUGAAUCUAUAUCUAGAUGUAGCGUUACAACACCGUGGGCAGAUUCCGCGAUUGGACCUUUCGCGAUAACCCCUGUAUAUUGGAAGAGUUCUGGUAAACCAACAAUCGGUGGUAUUUCUUCUGAAGCUCCGGACGCUUUUGAAAGUUGUACAAAAACUUUAUUUUGUUCGGCUUUAACGGUACAAGGAUAUAUGAGGAAGUUCAAAGAGGAUUGCAAUAACGACGGGGAUAUUGAUUGCGACGAUUUUGUAUUGAUUCAUCAUUACGGCGCAUAUGGUUGCAAAGGUACUAGUCUUGAGGGUAAUAUUCGAAAACGGUAUGAACAAUGCAAGCAAUAUAUUGAUCAAGAGACAGAUCCGUAAUGUCAUAAUUGGGUAGUCUGUCAAAAAAUUAUUUUAGUAAAUAUAUAUUAUAUAAUUAGC